GUCGCAAUAAUGAUGGAGAGCAGGAAUUCUGUGGUCGAUUUUUCCUCUGAUAGCACCAAGCUCCCUCUCUCGGUGCUGCUCCAAACUCAGAAGGACCUUGUGAAUUACCGUGGACUUGGGGUCAGUGUUCUGGAGCUACAUCACAGAUCGCCAGAGUUCACUGAAAUUCUGGACGCAACCAAAUCCACUUUAAGAGAGCUGCUGAAGAUCCCAGAAAACUACAAAAUACUCUUCUUGCAAUGUGGUGCGAGUGGUCAAUUUGGUGCCAUUCCUUUCAACUUCAUUGGCCUGAAGGAAGCCAGAUGUGCAGAAUUUGUUAUCACUGGGGCUUGGUCUGCUGAGGCAGCUGAAGAAGCCAGGAAGCUGGGGAAAGUGAAAAUUGUCCACCCUGAACAAAAUGCUUAUACAACAAUCCCUGAUCCUAGCAAGUGGGAUCUCGGUCCUGACUCCUCCUAUUUCUACUAUUGUGCCGAUGAUUCUGUCAAUGGUGUGGCGUUCCACUUUAUUCCAGACUCCAAGAAAACUGUCCUGAUCUCUGAUAUGUCCUCCAACUUCCUUUCCAAGCCCUUGGAUGUCUCCAGGUUCGGUGUGAUUUUUGCUGCUGGCCAGAAAAGCCUUGGUUGUGCAGGGGUAACAGUGGUAUUAGUGAGAGAAGAUCUCCUAGAAUCUGCACUCAAUGCAUGCCCAAUUGUGCUCAACUAUAAACUACAAGCAGGAAGCAUUGCUAAUACUCCUCCAUGUUACAGAUGCCCUGUUGAUGUGAAGUGUCGAAGCAGAAUGAAUGUAGUGUUCCAGGUUGGUGGUCCUGCUGGAAAUGAUUCCCUUGAACAGAUUUUCCUUGAUAAAGCAGCUGGAGUUGGCAUGACUUCACUGAAGGGCCACAGGUCAGUUGGUGGGAUCUGUGCCUCUCUCCACAAUGUGACACUAGAAGAAACACAGAAGUUGGCAGAAUUUAUGAUGUCCUUCAAGAAUGAACAUCACUUGAGCAGUGACUAGCUAUAAGGAAAAAGCCUAUUAUAGAUCUUUAGUGUAUUAAUAUAACCAUUUUUUGGCUCUCUACAUUGACUGGUGACUUGUAGCAUUUCUAAAUACCUGGCUGGACUAAGAUUUUGAUGAAGCUCAGGAAAUUGUAACUUUGCUUAGUUCAUUUGGAGCACCUUUCCCUGAUGAGAACUUUGGUAAUCUUUGUUUAAAGUAUUUGAAACACUAGCUUCCCUCUUUAUUAGGAUUCAUUUUUAUUGUCAGUUGAGAUGGAGUUUAAGUACUAGUUCAAGUUUUGUUUUUACACCUACAACAGUUACUAUGCUACUGUAGCAAUCGGCCUCUUCCCUUAUGACCACCAGAUGAUUGUUUAUUUUUCAGUUCCCCACUCUCAGUAAUGACAGGAGAUCUGAAAGUUCUAGGUACACAAUACCUUCACUUUCACUUCCAGUAAAAGUGAGCUUGAGAGCAAAGGGUUACUGUAGCCAGAGCUUGGGUAGUCAUGGUCUAAGGACAGCCUGGCUCCAUCCAAGGUUCUGUGAACUUUGAUCAAAAUUGUAAAUCUCACACCAACUACAUGUGAUAGAUUAAGCCAGCUCCUUCAUGCACAAUAUUGUGCACACAUGUCACAUUUCUAUUUUCCUUUUUCGCCAAAAAUAAACUUCACGUAGUUCUGGAUAAGAGCUAGGCCAGGAAUGUUAAUAAUGUGAUCAAAUAUUUUAACAUUGAUGUUCCUUUGCAUGAACUGUAAAUACUUGCAAGCUUCUCAAUAAAGGAAAGCAUUUGCAUUGAAACUAAGAUGCGUACACAAAUUUAACUCUAAAUCACUAAUCUGAAAGUAUUGACUUGUCUCAUCACAGGUAUCCACUUGCUGUGAUGGAGUACCACAUCUUAAGAUGCAAGGGCAUCACCAUAUUGCAAAUGCUAAUGCCCCCUUAAACAUUAGGAAACUGGAUGGGGUUCAAGUCAGCAGUGAGUAGGGGGUUUUGGGUAGCAUGUAAAAAGUACUUGUAUUUUGAAAGCUGAGUCCAAAGGUGGUGGGGAAGAAGGGCCCCAAGACCAACUCCACCCAAGCUCAGCCAAUCAGAACCUGAACUGAGCAACUGUUAAAAUUUGUUUCAAUACCUGGACCUGCCCAAUUAUCCAACACAUUGUAAGGUGCCUUUGUGCUGGUGCUAGGCAGCUGGUUUCCCUUCUGCAUACAUUUAAGUGAUGUGUAAAUAACUUCUGAACUCUAUCUGGUAAGUUUUGCUGUAAUAAAUGUUAGAUUGUCAUUC